CGAGUCUCCUAGACUGGAUUUAGACUCGGUGUUGUAUACCUAUCAUGAUAGUUGUUCGAGUUGUUCAACUUAUACUUUUUCCUUUUCUUAAAACUGAUUGAUCACUUUCCCGAAUCCUCUACGAGGGCGGAGAUCCCAUGACCCGAUCCAUCGCCUUGGAGUAUCCCGGAGAUUUGUCCUGGUUAGCUGCAGACGGACGGCAUUAAAUUCUGCGCGCCAGCGAACGGUAGGGUAGGACUACGAGGGGAAAACUGACGCUGCGCGACGAGGGACAGACAACGUGCCUUUUUUUCCCUGGAAUAAGUCUCUUACAGAUAGUUACUAGACCCCUGAUUCAUGCUUUUCUCUGUGCCUGUCGCAGCGCUUGGCUAGAUCAGAUCGGAUGUGAGGGGAGGGGAAGUCGAGUGACUACCUAACUUACCUAGUAACUAACUUGGAAAAAGGGUGCCAUCCAUCCCGUGAAUGUUCGGAUGGAUUUGAGGAGGGUUGAAGACUUUGAUACCGGCUAGUUACCUUUACUUACCAACCAUAUCCUCCGACAGCUCUCUAGUCCGCCUAUCCUGUUGUAUCAUAUGAACAACCACCAGGCCGCACAAAGCGUCCCGGGCGCGCCGCCAUUAGGUAGUUAUGAAAACCCCCGGCGCCCCAAAACGAGCCGUUAAGCCGUGUCACGUCUUUGCAGUGCUAGCGACGAUAGCGGUCGUCGUCGUCGUAGUCAUUCCCACGGCUAUAUUAGUGCCUAGGCGGAAUCGCGACAGGGCUAUCGAGGAGGACAAGAGGACCCCGUCGCAACCGGACAUUGCCCGCGUGAACCUGGGCUAUGCGCAGUACCAGGGCUCGCUCGUGGGCCGAGACGGCGGCGUCGCGGAGUACCUCGGCAUGCGGUACGCGGCGCCGCCGACGGGGGAGCGCAGGUGGCGGGCUCCGGUUGAGCCGGAGGUGGAUGAUUCGGGAGACCAGGUGGCUGAUACGUUCGGUCCUAUAUGCCUGGGCAUCUCGAUGCCGUAUCCUAACGGCGGAGCCCAAGAUGAAGAUUGUCUGUACGUCAACGUAUGGGCGCCGGCUAACGCUACGCUCGACUCGAAGCUGCCCGUGUGGCUGUUCAUCCAGGGCGGAGGCUACACCGUCAACAGCAACGCCAACUGGAACGGCACCGCCGUAGUCGAGCGCUCGGCCCGGAACAUAGUCCUGGUCAACUUCAACUACCGCGUCGGGCUCUGGGGUUUCCUAGCGAGCGAGCGCGUGCGUAGCAGCGGCGGCGGCGGCGGGGGGGAUUUGAACGUUGGGCUCCGGGACCAGCGCGCGGUUAUGCGUUGGGUCCGGAGACAUAUCGCGCAGUUCGGGGGCGAUCCGGACCACGUCGUGAUCCACGGGGCUUCGGCUGGGGCGGGCUCCGUUGCGCUGCAUCUGCUUAUUUCGUAUGCGGAGGGUGAUGGCCAGACGCAGCAGCAGCAGCACGAUAACAGUACAAGUAGUAGUAGUAGUGGUAGUGGUAGUGGUAAUCUCUUCGUCGGCGCCGUCGGGGAAUCCCCCUUCUUCCCCGCGCAGCCGACCGUCGCGGAUCUCGAGUGGCAGUUCGACCUGGUGCUCUCGCAGACAGGUUGCGGCAACGAAGAAGAAGAAGACGCAAUGUCGUGUCUCCGGAGCAAAGACACCGCAACCCUACAACAAUCCGCGAAUAUCCCCUCCCCAUUCCCCGGCCGCCCGGGCCUUCCCGCCCCCUUACCCCUAUUCUACUGGACGCCCUGCAUAGACGGCUCUCUCCUCCCGGACUCCCCAUCCGUCCUCUUCUCUCGCGGCUCCUUCGUCGACGUCCCCAUCAUAAUGGGCACCACCACCAACGAGGGCACCGUCUUCGCGCCAGCCGACACAGCCAGCUCCGACGCCAUGGCGCUGUUCCUACAAAACAACUACCCCCACCUCUCCUCCUCCUCCUCCUCCGCCGCCCAACCCAGCAACCUCUCCUCCAAAUACCCGCAGCAAGCCCCCCUCCCCCUCCACGGAUCCUGGUUCCCCUCCGCGGCAGCCGCGUACGGCGAAGCAACAUUCAUCUGCCCGACGAACAACCUCCUGACGUCGUAUACCCGGCGCCGCCGGAACAACGCCCAGCAGCAGCGCGCGUGGAGCUACCGGUACGACGUGUACGACGCGGCGAACGCGGCGCUGGGGCUAGGCGUGCCGCAUAUAUGGGAGUCGUGGGCUGUGUUUGGGCCGGACAGUCAGCAGGGGCCGGGGCGUGGGCCGGCGAGCUAUUACGGCGAGGCUGCGGCUGUGGUGCCGUGGGUUAUGGACUACUGGAUAUCGUUUGUGCGGACUUUGGAUCCGUCUGUGUUGCGGACGCCUGGGGCUCCGGUGUGGGAGUUGUGGGAUGCGGAGGGGGGCGGGGAUGGUAAUGGUACUGCGGGUGGUGGUGGUGGUGGUGGUAAGAGAUUGCUCAUGCAAGUGGGUAAUUUCUCGAUGGAAACGGUGCCGGAGGAUCAGCGGGAAAGAUGUGCUUUUUGGGAAGGGCUUGCGCCUGCGCUGCAGCAGAGAAGGGGAGUUCGAUGAAGUUUUGGGUAUUGACUCUUUUAGAGUAUCUACGCCUUUGAUAUGAUAACGAUUUACUCGGUCGAUGAUUCUAGUACGGGUAGUUGGAUGGUAUUAUAGACGAUAUUCUAGUAUAACUAUACCAAUAAAGAUAUGCUCAUCGUGUAGAUUUACUAUAGGAAAUACCCAUCCGUUAUCUAUAACACAUGCAGACAGGCUAUUUCCUUUACGAUUGAGUUCAUGAACCUCUUUUCUUCAUCUGUGCCUCUAUAUCACUUUUAUCCAGAGUCCCUAACGUACUUUAGACCACCUAGUUUCGAAUAUAGACACCAUGUUCAGGCGACGACCUUGUGAAUCCCAUAGGGACCUACAAGGUAUUAUCGC